AUGUCGAACUUCAAACGCGCCCCUCAAGCUACCCCCCACCACAGCUCCCUCCUCUCAACCCUCAAAUCCACCACCAUGAUCGAAUCCAAGCCCGUCCUCCCCGCAGAAAUUAUCUCUAGGAUACUAGACUACCUACCCAUCCCCGACCUCCUCUCUUUCGCGCGCACCAGUAAAAGAAUGCUGGAAAUGGUAUACGAGGACUCUAGAUGGGUGCAGAGGUUACACGCGAUGGGGCUUUGGAAUGAGGGCGAGGCUCGGAAGAGGUUUGAAGAAGGGAUGAAGAGGAAGAGAGAGGUGAUGCGGAAGAGACAUGAGGAGGAGGCUAAGAGACUGGGUAUCGGUGUGCAGAAUGGUGUCGGGGCGCAAAGGAAAGUCAGUACGACGCUUUUUGACGCCGGCGUAGAGGAGGAAAGACAAAGGAGGAGCCAGGAUGUCAAAUCUAGGGUUUCGGUCGAUGGGUUUGAGACUCUGACGUUGGGAUCGAAAGCGCAGUCCCCGAUCGAGAGGGCCCCGAUGCUAGAUCCAGAGGCGCUGCUUAACAUUUUCUCGGGCGUGCGCUCUAUUCGUGGAUCUGCGAGACUGGAAUAUGGGAAGAUAUAUGCGGCGCUGGCGCCGUUCUAUUUUGAUCUUGCGAGGUCGAGAAGUCAUGUCGAUCCUGUUAUUUUUCGGGUGUAUAGAGAUCCCGAGCAGCAGGCGCAGAUGCUGGCUCAUCUUACGGUCUUUGCGAAGAGUGAUUGGGCUCAGGGUUGGAGACAGAGGGAGGAGAGAUUGGUUACUAUGAUUGGAGUUUUCGAAAAUGCGGUAUUAAGGGAAUUUGAGAAGGGAUAUGAGGUGUGGGAUAUAGAUGGGAGCAUGAGACGGUAUGCGCAUGUUCUUGGGGUGCUAAAUGGGGGACAUGCUGGGAUUGAACUGUUUGUUCAGAAACAUCCCAUUUUUAAUGAGAAGUUGGGGAAUCCGAUGGAGUGUAUUAAUCAGGCUUCGUCGGAUGCUAUCGCAUUGGAACCCUCGAGGGAGUUUCUAGAAAGUCUUGCGGUGAAGAUCAAUGAGCAGGCGAAUAUCAUUGAUCGGGUUUUUCCCACUGGAGAGGAUGUGCUGCAGGUAUUCUUGGAUAAAGUUGCGGAAGACAUCCUCAUGGAGUAUGUAACGCCUCUAUUUGAUGAGGCACAUGAGCGCAACCUUACCUCAUACCUGAAAGCUGUAUCUGGAAUUUUCGAGCAAAGUCUGAGGUUUAGCUUAUCACUUAAGCCUUCGAAAAACUCCGGCGAUGACUUUUCAGAAAAGACAAAGGCAUUGGUAGCGAGAGUGUUUGAACCACAUGUGGACCUGUACCUGACGGAAGAAGCAGAUCAUUUCAAGAAGCUAGCAGAAAGCGAAGUAGAUGAGUGGGAUAAGCAAUUAUCGGAACAGGAAGCUACGAAAGAAUCAUUCUACAUGGGUAACUUCAAUCGACAAGCGGAUAAGAAAGAUUUCCUAAGCUCUUUCAAGAAAGUGGUCAUGAUGCCCGUCAACGUUUUACCUACUGCAAUCACAAUGCCAUUUGGGGGUAUGGGACCUGCAAGUAAAACUACUCUAGCUGCGCCAGUACCGAAAUCACUGUCGGUUCCAGUCUCGAAUCCACCUUCAAGACCGAAUACUCCUGGUCAUGGUCCACCGUCGCCAUUACCCGAGGCUCCAACGGAUGAAUUGGCAGCCAAAGCUGCCUUGAUGACCUCGAAGCUUGAAGGUAUCAAAUCAUUGUUUAGUAUCGAAGUCGCUCUCGACCUCACACAUUCUGCGAAAGCCAGCAUAGAAAGAGCGGCUCUUUUCGUCCGACUUGGAGGUCAAACAGGCGAAGAAGCUCGUGAGCAAUGCGAGGCAAUCUUUGUUGUCCUCCUCCAAAUUCUAGGCACCCGCCACGUCAAAAUUGGAUUCGACAAAGCAGUGGAACAUCUAUCUAAAUACAACCCUCGCGAAGUAAGCGAACAUCAACAAGGUGUUGCCCCCCUUGUGACCUUCCUCGAACUUGUCAACGUCGGUGAUCUCAUCUCCCAGAUGAUAGACGUCUUCUACGAACAACAACUCGCGGCAACCAAACUGGCCGAUCGAAAUGAUUUCUUAGACCCAGCUGUGAAAGCGAAAAAGAAGUUCGAACAAAUGCUGGAUGAGAGUGUUGCUGCGGGUCUUAACAAGGGUAUCGACGUUCUCAUGGAUGAAGUCGAAUACCUCUGCGCUACUCUGCAGAAACCAACAGAUUAUAAUCCGCUCGACCCUGGUCCUGGUAAACUUAUGGACUUUGAUAUUGGCCCAACCCUCGCUGCCAAACAAGUCGUCCAAUUAGUCGAAUCCCAUACUAAAAUGCUCAACGGCUCAACCGACAAAAACACCCUCGACGUCUUCAACCAAGAAGUCGGACUCCGUCUCUUCACCGCUUUUUGCAAGCACCUGAAACGCCAGCGCGUUUCCACAGACGGUGCCAUCGCUCUUAUCUCCGAUACCAAUCUCUUCUACACUUACAUCCGCACGCUUCGCAACUCGGAUUUACUGGAGUAUUUCAAGGCGUUGAGGGAGUUGAGUCAGAUAUAUCUGAUCGAAGCGAAACACGCGAAGGAUAUGGCGGAGGUCAUAGCUGAUGGGGGUCGUUUCGGGGGCGUGUUUCGCGCGGAAGAGGUUUAUGAGUUUGCGGAGAGGAGGGCGGAUUGGUAUAGUGUUAAGAGGGAGGUUGAGAGGGCUAUGUAUGGGAUUGGGUGUGGGAUUAUGUAG